CUGGAGACAAACUGGACAUGGUGUGAGAGGUAGGAUCUGAACUAAUCAAGGACAGGGCCACGAAGUAUGAGGUGAGAGGAGAGGCAUAUUUUCUGUGCCAACAGUUCAAACACAUUCUGCUUCAUUGAAGCAAACUGUAGCAUUCUGAAGGUUUGAACGUUGGGGACUUAUUUGGGAACCUUUUGAAUAUCACAGAACAUUCAGCUCCACACUAGCGAUACACUCCUUAAAAGACUAUUGUCUUAAAAUGCUUUUUUUAUAGGGGUCUCGCGAUACCCAGCUAACAGAAAAGGAAUGAAUUCUUAUGAGAGUUUGCAGAUUUAAAGGCUGAGGACUUGCUCAGACCGAUUUUUGAGUGAGUUUUGUUUCAUUGUGAAGAACAACAAACUGAAUAUACUUCAAGACCACCGCAGGAUCACAUCACUGGAAGUCACUGAAGACAGAUCAGACACCAGAAUGAGUGGUGAGAACAAGCCAUGCUAUUUCUGCGAUGUCUCAACCCAGGAUGGAAUGGGUUCAGGCGAUUUCCGAUCUUGGAAGCGAUAUGACUUUUGCGGCCACACUUUGACAAUUUUUCUGGAUAAAGCCGAUUAUCUGGGCGCUCAUGUCUGGAAAUCUGCUCUCGUUCUCUGUGAGUACUUUGAGAGAGAAAAGAUAUCUUUCGCUGGGAAGAAGGUGAUUGAGCUGGGCUCAGGCAGUGGGAUUGUGGGCAUCUUAGCAGUUCUCCUUGGUGGAGACGUGACCUUCACAGACAGAUCUUUCGCUUUGAAUCAAAUAAAACACAACAUUUCUGUCAACGUCCCUCCUUCCUGCAAAGACCGUGCAAAAGUCUUUACCCUUUACUGGGAAGAAGAUCCAAGCAGUUUUCCCUCAGAUUAUGAUAUCAUCCUGGGCUCGGAUAUCGUGUAUGCUACUUCCUCCUAUCCCUCGCUCUUGAAUACACUCCGACAUCUCAGCAACCCAGGAACCACAGCCUACAUUUGUACAGAAUUGCGGCCAAGAAAUGAGUACAAUGUUUUCCACGAGGAGAUGUUACCUCAACAUUUCAACUGUCAGGUUGUCCAUAAAAAGGGCAGUGAAGGCAUCAAUGUGUACAAAAUAACUAAAAAAGGUCAAAGUGAUGAAGAUCAGUAGCUGGUGUUGAGGAAGAGAAUUGUUUUCGUCAUUUAACAUGACUCAUAAGACACUCAUUCAGUCUCAAUAGAAUACAAUACAAAUUCACAUUUAUGCAGCGCCUAUCCUGUCGGGAGAAUGUCCCAAGGCAUCUAAUGUUUGAUCUAAUCCUUCAUGAAAGGACAUUCACAGCUUCUCUUGUUUAGUCAAAGCUUCUCUUGUUUGGAGUCCUGUAACUUA